AUGAAGGUGUUUUAUUUUAUCAGAACUUUGUUUUUGAUUCUUAUGAUAGGUAUAUCAGUAAAAUCUGAAAACUUUAGGCAUUUCAGAGAGCUUCAAGAAGAAUCUUCCGAUUUUACAGAAGAUAGCCGUAAUUCUUCAAAGAGUUUCUUAUCAAAUACUUUUGGUCCAUAUUAUGAUCACGUUUCGAGCACAAUUUCUGAUAAAUUGAGUGAUGGAGCUCAGAAAAUUAAGGAAAAAUUCAAAAGUAUGGUUUGCUCUGCUGGAGAAAGUAUUAAGAACUACAUCACAGAGAAAGCUAAUUCAAUUCAGUAG